AUGCCCCGCGAUCUCGAGUCCGAGAAGAUGACGCUCGCCGGCCUGCCGCCGCUGACCAAGAGCCCGGCCCAGGACAACGCAUCUGGCGACGACAGGGACCCGGGCGACAAGCUGAUGCACGACAUGCAGAAGGGCCGGCAGCGCGACGAGCUGCACCCGCUCGUGCAGACGCUCAAUCCCUCGUACGUUGACGACUGCGUCAAACUCGAGAACGCCGCCUUUGCCGAGGGCCAGCGCGGCAGCAGAGAGAAGUUCGUCUACCGCCUCACCGUCUGUGGCGAGCUCUGCCUCGGCCUGUUCACCACCUCCGAGAGCGCUCCCGGCCAUGUUGCGACCGUCAGCACCUCUCACAUCGUCGAGAGCGGUGCGCCGGAGCGGAAGGAGUUCCUGCUUGCCAUGGUCUGCGCCACCAAGACGCGCAAUGGGUUCGUCUCGGACGACGACAUGAACGUGCCGUCCAACUGGCGCGAUCAGCCAUACCCCUCCAACGCAUCUGUUGGCCACCAGGAAGAUGGCCGCACUAUUGCCAUCCACUCACUUGCCGUUGAGCCCGAGGUCCAGGGUCGAGGUCUCGGCAAGACGCUCUUGAAGGCCUACAUCCAGCGCAUGCAGAACAGCGGCGUUGCCGACCGCAUCUCCAUUCUGACGUACGAGAGGUUGGUCUCAUUCUACGAGUCCGUCGGCUUUGUGAGUCGGGGACCUAGCAAAGUGCAGUACGGAGGUGGAGGUUGGGUCAACAUGGUCUUGGAGUUUCCGGAAACCUCCAACGGCCCGAAGAAAGUCGGCGAGUAA